AUGGCGUCCAAAGCUUUCAGCAAGAGGCUUGGCUUCAAGAGAAGGAACACUGACCAGGAGCCCGUCACCGUGACCGAGCUCUCCCACAUGGAGGGGGAGAGCUCCGGCGCCAGACCCAUCGUCGCCGGCCAUGGAGACGCCAGUUCGGUCAUCGACGAGGUUGUCCGCGACAUCAGCGAGACAGAGGCAAACCAGCGCCUCAAUGCCUUUCGACAAGACCACAAGUGGGACCCCAACAUGCCAGAAGAGGCUAUCGACAUGGUUGACGCCGUCACUGAAGCUCACGACCACAAAGGCGAGGCGCAGCUUGUCGGAGAAGUCAUUGAGAACUCACCGUACCCCGAGGUCCGCGCUGUGGUUCGAAACUACGAUGAAGACGUACCCGCGGGCACACUGCGAGCAUGGGUCCUGGGUCUUCUCAUGACUACGAUUUGCUCUUCCGUAAACGCCCUUUUUCUGUUGCGUUAUCCCCUCAUCUUCAUUGGCCCAUACGUGGUGCUCCUGCUCGCGUACCCACUGGGUAUGGGUGCCGCCAAGUUCCUUCCUAACAAAGAGUUCAAAAUCUUUGGACUCAAGGCCAAUCUCAACCCCGGACCAUUCAACACCAAGGAGCAUGUCAUCAUCGUCGCCAUGGCAAACGCUGCUUUCGGAGGUGGUGCUGGUUACUUUCUCGACACCGUGGUCUCGCUCAAGAAGUUUUACAAGUUCGACACCAGCCAAUUUGGCUGGGGCUUCAACAUCCUCUUCGCCCUAUCCACGCAAUGUCUGGGCUUCGGCUUGGCCGGUUCCGUCAGAAAAUUUCUGGUCGAGCCUGCGGCUAUGAUCUGGCCGGGUGCUCUGGUCAAUGUCGGUUUCAUGUAUGCUCUGCACAACCACGCCCCGAGCGAUCCGGCAAAGACCAACGGUUGGUCCAUCUCUCGUUACAAGAUGUUCAUGAUUGUCAUGGUUGGCUCCUUCAUAUGGCACUGGUUCCCGGAUUUCAUCAUUCCCGCCUUCAGUUACUUUGCAUGGGUUACCUGGAUCAAGCCCGACAGCGUCAUCGUCAACCAGCUUUUUGGACAGACCACUGGUAUUGCUCUUGGAUUCCCCUUCACAGGUUUCACUCUCGAUUGGGCCCAGAUUAACGGAUUCUACAACAGCCCUUUAAUCAGCCCUUGGCACGCACACGCCAACACGGCUUUCGGUGUCAUUCUGUUCGUCUGGAUCAUCAUCCCAGCUCUCCACUACUCCGGCGUCUGGUAUUCCGACUACCUCCCGAUCCUGCAAAACAGUAUCCUCGAUAACACCGGUGCCGUUUACAACACUUCCCGCAUUCUCACCCCCGAGCACGUUGUGGACCCGGCUGCGUACGAGGCAUACUCUCCUUUGUUCCUUUCCACGUCGUUUGCGCUCUCCUACGGCAUGAACUUCGCCUCCAUUGCCGCUCUUAUCAGUCAGACCUAUCUAUUCCACGGUGCUGAGAUCUGGCGCCGCUGGAAGUCAUCCCGGGGCGAGCUCGAUGACAUCCACAUGAAGAUUAUGCGCAAAUACAAGCUGGUGCCUACCUGGUGGUACCUGAUCCUCUUGGCCGUAAUGAUCGUGUUUGCCUUUGUCUCAGCUCUCUGCUUCCCGACCGAAAUGGCCUGGUACUCGGUCGUCCUGUCUCUAAUCAUUGCGGCUACGUGGACCAUCCCCAUUGGUAUCAUCCAGGCGUUUACCAACAUCCAACUCGGCCUCAACGUCUUCACCGAGUUCAUCAUCGGUUACGUCCAGCCCGGCCACCCCAUCGCCAUGAUGAUGUUCAAGACCUUUGGCUAUAUCGUCAUGACGCAGGCGCUGUACUUCUGCCAGGACUUGAAGCUCGGCCACUACAUGCACGUGCCGCAGCGGUCGCUCUUCUCCGCCCAGCUCGUCGCCACCGUGUGGUCGUGUCUGUGCCAGCUCGCUACCGUGCAGUGGGCCAUGGGCGCCAUCAAGAACGUCUGCACAAAGGAGGCCGCGGGCUUCUUCACCUGCAACUACGUCAAGACUUUCUACAACGCGUCCGUCAUCUGGGGCGCCAUCGGCCCCAAGCACAUCUUCUCCGGCGACGCCGUCUACAAGAACCUGCAGUACUUCUGGCUUGUCGGCAUCGCCGCGCCUUUCCUGGUCUACGGCGCCGCUCGCAUGUUCCCCCGCGUGAGCUGGGUCCGCAAGGCCAGCAUGCCGCUCAUCUUCGGCUCGCUCGGCUACGUACCCCCGUACUCGCCGAUGAACAUCCUCGCAUGGUGCCUCUUCGGCUACGUCUUCAACAAGUACAUCCGCAGCCGCUACCUCGGGUGGUGGAUGCAGUACAACUACGUCACCUCCGCGGCGCUCGACGUCGGGCUCGCGCUGUGCGCCAUCCUCCUCUUCUUCUGCGUCCAAUUGCCCGGCGGCGCGAUGCCCGAUUACUGGGGCACGACCAUCAUCGGCCGGACGGUGGAUGGCGCCGGUACGGCGGUGCGCAAUGUGGUCGCGGAUGGCGAGACCUUUGGGCCCAAGACAUGGAAGUGGUAG